AUGAGCUUAAUUUUGAGGUAUCAAUAUCAUACAUCCAUCCAUCCAACAAAUGUCGUCGCCGUCAACCCCCUCACAAUCCCCAUCAUCGAUAUCUCGGACUAUCUCUCCAAAGACGAAUCCGCAACAGCAUCAAUCGCAUCUUCCAUCUCAUCUGCAGCCCAGUCCCCUGGGUUCCUCCAAAUCACUGGUCAUGGCAUCGCCCCAGAACUGACUAUAAAGCUACUCGACCGACUCAAGGCAUUCUUCGCUCUUCCCCUCGAAACGAAAACAACCCUGCACAGAAACAACUCUCCAGCUUUAAGGGAAUUCGAGGCCGUCGGCGAGCAGAGCCUCGAAAAGGGGGUUAUGGACUCCAAAGAGGGGUUUAUGAUUGGACCGGAAUGGCUGGUGGAAAAUGCCAAAAAUGCGAGGUUUCUGCAAGGUCCGAAUCAGUGGCCGGCGGAGACAGAUGUUGAUGGUCUGAGGGCCGUCAUGAUGGAAUAUUUUCGGGAGAUGCAGGCACUCAGCAAGAUUAUGUUUCGGUUAAUAGCUUUGGGGCUGACGUUGGAAGAGAGUUAUUUUGAUGGGUUUGUUGGUAGUGAGGAUUUAAUAACGAUGUGUCGAGCGCAUAGAUAUCCGCCGACUACGCAGGAAAUGUCCAAAAAGUCAAGGGGUAUAGGCGCGCAUACAGACUUUGGUGCAUUGACGUUACUGCUACAAGACAAAGAAGUCUUCCAUCGACCUACAGAGACCUGGCACCCUGUUCAGCCAGUUGUAGGUGCAUUUGUAGUGAAUAUUGGUGAUAUGUUAGAACGAUGGACAAACAACAAAUACACUUCCACCCUCCAUAGGGUUACUUCUCCCGUAAGCAAUGAAUAUCGCUACAGCGUAGCUUUCUUCAACGAAGGACUUCUCGAUCAGAUGAUUGAAUGUAUCCCGACUUGUCUAGAGUCCGGUCAAAAGGCACUGUAUGAGCCGGUGAAGGUAGAAGAGCAUUUGCGAGAGCGGUAUGGUAGCAGUUAUAUCAAAGUUGGUAUAAUCGCUUGA